ACCCUAUAUCACUUUCUUUCUCCUUAAUUAACUUUUUCAUAUAAAAUCUGUAUUCAUCUGCUGUUGUAAGUUAAGAGAAGAUGUAGGGAAAACCUUUUUUCUACAAAAUGAGACGUCGGCGAGCUCUUUGAUAUGGUUUUCUAUGAUUUUACACGCAUUUUACGACAAGCACCGUAUUUGAGGCCCGUCUCCUACUGGUUUGUAGCUCAGUUUAGAUCCACUGACCGAAUGCAAUAAUUUACAAAAAAUUAUUCGAGAAUUGCCACUUUCAUUUACACUAGUGGCAUGCUUUUUUAUCUUUAUCAGUUCAUAUUAACAGAAAAAAAAAAAUUUUAAUUUUCUAAAAAUGGCUGGAAAUGCGUAUUAUAUAUGGGAAAUGACAUUUUUCUCCUAGUUUUCACCAAUCAACCUUUUUAGUUUUGCGUUUGAAAACUGCACAUGACUCAAUGCUAGUUACUCAUGUCAAAACUUGAUAUAAAUUCUUUUCUCCGAAUGGUUUGCAAUAGAUCUUUUUAAAAAAAAGUUAAACAAGCUCGUGAAAGGCAACGCUAGUGGAUUUAUAUAUGAUUUUUGGACGCCUUUUCCCCGUUGACAUGCUUGCACUCUUCCAAACCGAAUUUUCAGUGUUUUCAACUUAAGAGAGGAAAUUUGAACAUGGACAGUUCUAUAUUUUAAAACAUAUCAGACUCCCUUUGUGUGCUGUUUUGGCUAGAAAAAAGAACAAUGACCAUUGCGAGAGGCAUAAUAUGUUAAAAAAUAUCUUUAAGAGCUAAACGUUUCAACGUUUACUACCGUCUUCAUCAGUACAAAUUAUUUAAGAAAAGUUUUAGAAUGAAAUAAAAUUAACUGUGACACGUAUGUAGUUAGAUGUUGAAUAUACAGUUAUGGCUUAGAACGAACAACUUAUGUACUACAGUAGUGCAUUUCUCUUUUCUUCUUGUGUCCAUCGUCGUGUAUAAAUACACGACGUAAUACGAUAAAGAAGAAAAGCGAAUUCAAUUUAGACAUUAAAAAUUUCAGGACGACGAAAUAGAGUAACACAGACACGGACGGAGUGACUAUAUAGACAUUGUACCUUAAAAUAUUUUCUAUUAAAUGGAAGUUCCCAUCGAAGAAUCAGUUAUAUCUUUUUCUAGGUUGAUUUCUAAACGAGUAAAACUUAUUAUCUCCAUUAUUCUUUUUUUAUUAUUGCUUUAUUAUCUGGUUGCUAUAUUAACACUUGAAUAUUAGUAGUAGAUGUAUUAUUAUUAGAUCGUGCUAUUACGGUAACCGCAUUAACACUAAUAACCGCUGAUAAAUCUUCAAGUUUAAAAAAAUCUUCAACCCCUAUGUGAUUUAACCCGUUUUCUUAUGGUAGAUUUCCAUUGUGGGCUUAUUACUUUACAUCUGUUAUAUCCUCAAUUUGGUAUAGUAUAUACAGACUCGAGCUUUUUUCAGAAUGUCUUGCUAUCUCAGAAUUCUCUGAGUCCUUUAAACUGAUUUUCUUUUUGUGUUGAACUAUCCGAUAUUCGAAUGAUAUAGUUUCUCGUACGUAAAUUUCACCGCAGAAACAAGGAAUUCCGUAUACUGCAAGUUCAUUAAAAUGAUCAUUAAUUCUAGUUUUAGUAUUUUUUAACAUUGUACGAAUAUAAAGUAUAAUAAAUAUUUUAUAUUAUAUUAUUAAUAAUAGUUUAUUCUAUUCUUCUAGAUGAUGUCAGCGGCAAAAAAACCUCGAUAUCUUUCGCCCAAGAAGUGUGAUCUACGUAUCCAAAUUGAUCAUUUAACCAAUGAAAUCGUAUUGGCAGAAGGCAUUCUAGCGUCAUUAAGAGAUUCAUUAAAUAUAUUGAAUAAAGUUAUUAACCCUGCUGGGGAAUGGCUGACCGGUCUCAAUAGCAUAGUAGAACAAAUUCAUCGUCAGAACAGUUUAGUGGCUGAUUAUCAGAAGCAACUUAUUGAAUUACGCAGUAAAGUUCAACAAUCCGGUCUAACUAGUCCAUCGUCAUCAUCAUCUGCAUCAUCAGCGAAAAAUUAUCGCGCAUAUUCAUAUGUAGGAAUCGACGGGUUUGAUGUUCGGUUCAAUCUAUUUAAAGCUGUUAUGCGUCCAUUAAACGAAUCAGCAUUAAGUGGUAUCGAUUGUGAAGCUGUGCAAGAUUUGUUUAUCUUACCAUAUUCAUUACAUGUCAAUGAGAUAUUUAUUGCAAAUCCAGUAAGUGGCGAUUCAUGUACAUCUCAAAAACUUCUUUCAUUAGAGGAUGUUAAUACAUUAGAAGUUGAUGGCGUAUCAUUAGAACGUUUGAGAAUUUUCCUUGAUACAGCAUUGAAGAGUCCGAUCGAUAUUGGUCAAGCUCCAUCGACAGAAUUCUUCUAUGACAAUGAUAAAUGGAAACAAUGUUGUGGCUUUUUAUUUUCAAGAAUGGGCGCUUGUGGUGAAGAAAAGCUAAAAGGUGAACUCCAACUUGAACGAUUAGUGCCGUCAAUAUUAUACUCAUUGUUUUUCAUGAGAGAAAAUAAAAAUAUUCAAUGUGGAGGCAACACACAGCCUAAUAUUGUGAAAAUUACAGAUAAUUCUGCAACAUUCAAACCCGAUUUUUAUAUGACAACAAAAAUUUCAUCUGCAACCGUUAUGCCCUUCGUAUGUGAAGUAAAAUUAGAAAAAUCCGGACUCGGUCAAUCGCUUUAUUAUUCAAUACAAGCAUUAUUAUCUAUGUUAGUCUUAGGGGUUACAAAACCACUGGUAAUAUUUUCAAUCGUGAAUGGAUUAACAUUGAUAUAUUAUGUCUUGUAUUUUAUACCUGAUACAAAAAAGUUUUUUUGUCAAGCGUUGAGUAAAACGCUAAUGUUGGAAAACGAAAUGGAUAGAUUGUUAAUGAUAAAAGCCUCAUAUGGUCUAGUUGACUUUAUGCAUUCAUUCGAAAGUGAAACACUAAAUUUUACUCCUGAAAUACCUCGACUGUACGGUGACGAAUGGGAUAAUUGGGGUUAUAAGUCGGACGAUCAAGAACGUUUAGCCAUGACAAGUGAUGACGAAAAUCGGUUUCACGUAGGCGAUAAUGAUGUUCAAUCUCCCUAA